AUGCUUCGGCGCACGAUAGCUGUCGCGAAACUUUUGCCUCAAUCGAGCGCAAAUUGGCCUGUCUUUAAGCGCUUCUUUUCGGGUAGUAAGUACAGCUUGCAAACGGAGGACAGUUUCGACCUCAGAUCCACGCGAGGAAAGAAGCUGAAGCCCCAGAAGGCCCAAAUAGUGGUACUCAAUCCGCAGGAGGCAGGUCUCUUCAAGCGCAAAAGAACACCAGCGCAUUUCCAACACAAUGAUCGUUACAGACUAAGAGGACGACAAAGUGCUUUGGAGGGCGUCGAGUUUGACGAUAGUGGCUCUUCUCGAGACUCGUAUCUCUCAGGAACUUGCUCGGGUGACGUCUUGCAAGAGAUUGAGUCGCAGCGGCGCAAGCUGCUCGUUUUCAAGAACUCUGUCCCCAAGGAACAAGUAGUGAAAUCGAUCCAUAAUCUAAAGCCGAGCCAGGACGCUCUGCGGUUGUCGCCAAAACGUUACGAGCAGCUCAAGACACUAUUGGAAACUGCUUACACGCUGCCACAGCUCAAGGAGUACGUCAAACAAUACUUCCAACUUCCUCUUGCCAAACAAGUACCAAAAAAAACGCUCAUCCCUACUAUAAUGCAUGAACUUUGGCAGUGCCAAGUGGACGAUUCAAUAAAUGAAGGACAAGAUCUGGUAGUCGAGCGGGUUAUUGACGUCCAAACGAGAGAUAUUUACCUACUGUUGUUGACCAACAAUGGUAAAAUAUUACACAACUUUGCGCGCCUGGGCGCUACGGUGGCUGUCGCGCUAAGCGAAAAUAAAAUUAUUGUUCGAGCAACGAGUGCUUUAGUUAAAUAUGUUGAGGUUUCGCUGAGGAAAAUAUUGGAUAAUCUGCAGCGCGAAGUCUUGUCAAUUAACGACAUUAUUAGAGACCAUACUGCUUUAGACAGCUCAACCAGCGAGGCGCAAGAGCUGGUAAGUAUGGUUCAAAAAGAGAGCGCAACGUACUUUGAGAGAGUGCUUGAAGAAGACUCCAACACAUACGCGGUUACGGGUUUAGGCGCCAAAAGAAUAAGAAAGGCUAAAGUAUUACUGCUGUGGGCUCUAAACUAUAGCCCUCAAAUCUCAGAAACAGUUCUGUUUCUUGGAACUCAGGAGCAAUCUGCGUAUGCCCAAUUCCCGUUUACUGAAGUAAAUUGUUUGGAUUGGAUAGAAAGGAACAAAGAUUGGUAUCGAUUGCAAAAACCUAUAAAAAAAAAUGCUGACAGCGAUGACAAUAUAACUCCGCUUAAGUUGUCUGAAGCCAAAAUUGAUGAAUUAUAUAGCUUGUUGCGCAACUCCGAGUGUAAAGCCGUGUCGGACGUCAACGCUAAAACGACGUCCAAGACGUGGAGUAUUACGCUAGGACAAAUUUUGAUGACUGACGAUAGCCAAACCAUGACGUUUCAGCCCAAAGUUCCAGGAGUUACUUCGAAAUUAUUAGAGUUGCCGCUUUACGACGGUAUGGCAACUCAGGAUGAGCUAUACACGGUUGACCAACAUGAGUACUACGUUCAACUCAAACUCAUCCCCAAGUUAAGUGACUCGAACUUUACAAAAAACAUUCCACCAUUAGAAUUGUGGUUCGAAUUAGAUGACGAUGACAAAGCCAUUAAUAGUAGCGUCCGUUGCUUGUUGCAUGCUGAAGACAAAAGUUUGCUACUGCAGACUCCUCAGCUACCCCAGGAUAUAAAAGUUAACGUGGAUCGCACUCUGGAAGUCACCAAGCCAUAUGAGGAGGAUCCAGAGAGCUGGCUAAAAGACCAGCCAGGCUUGAAAGAAUUUUUGCUGAAAGCUGAACUGACUUUUCAAGGCAGCGAAAAACUAUCCGUUCCCAAUAAUCUCAAAUUGAACCUGCAAUUUGAAGACAGUGAGCAGCCUCAAUCCAUUACAUUUGAAUACGUGAACGCCAAGUAUCGCCGCAUUUUGAAAUUGAAAUACAAGGACAAAUAUUUGGUGCAGUUUUCGGACGUGAACGGUGGAUUUCGUGGUGGUAAAAACACGCAAAUUGACUUCAUCAAUACCGAUUCAAAUGAAAUGAAUCGAGCUGAUUUUGGUGAUUUUAUCAAAGACGUGCUCGAGUUCAUCUGA